AUGAACGUCUCGGCGCAACCUACACCAACAAUAACUAAACAACAUAUUGAAGAGUUAAUGUCACAAGUUUCAACAGAGUUGUCAGACUCACUUCACAUGAUGACAAAAACACUGAAAGAAUCUCCUCUACAAACACCAUCCAAUCUCGAAGUGAGUUUAGCCAAAACAUUAAACGAGAAAAUUGAUGGUUUGACGCAGAUGCUUCAAACAAUUCCAACGAUCCCACAGUCUCCUAAAGUACAACUUAAGCCAAUUCCAUCGAUUGGCACUGACCAAGAAAUUGACGCUUUUGUUCAACUUUGUCUCGAACAGUUGACAUUAAUGCGUGUAAUCAACCAAAACAUCUUCGACGCUUAUAAGAAGAUGCAGUCGAUUGUAGCGAAGCGCGAGAGUUGCGAGAAGAUGAUGCAAUCAUAUAUUAACUCUACGCAGUCGAUGCAGAACUGGUUAUCAAAGCAAUGA